CACAGGCAGCAGAGGGCGCUGGCUGCUUCUGGCUCAGGGCUGGUUUCCUCUUCCAGGCUUCUUAUAACUGCUGCAGCCAGAUUUCUGCUGGGCUCUUUUCUGGUGCUUACCAUUCCCUUAUCAUCUUCUGUCUCAGCUCUGUCUGUCACUUUUCUUUCCAUCUUUUUGUUUGCCAUUUUUUGUGACAGCCCUCUGCUUUUUUCCAAGAAAAACUGGUUAAAUACUUUUCUUAUUCGAUACUCAAUACUCAACCUUCUUCAGUCCUUCCAAUCUGUCUUAAGGUUCCUGGAAUUUCUUUUCACUGUCUGCUACACAGUCAAUAUUGCAAGAUGCCUGGUGGUAUAUUGGAGCUUCUACAUCACAGAAAAAACUUUGAUUUCCCACUUUCAAAUUUUUACAAUGGUCUUCUCGAUCCAGCUGUAAUACACCACUUGAUUAAACGAGCCAAAGACGAUGAUGAUGACGAUGACAACUCUUGCUCUGACAAGAAUAAUAAUUCCCAAAAGUGCGAAGUUCCCUCUGAUACUACGGGCUUGACUGUCGGUUUGGCUGUUGGUAUUCCCAUUUUUCUUAUUCUUGCCUUCUUGGGUUUCUUUUUAAUCAAAAAUCUACAGAAAAAUAAGAAGGAAGAAAAAGAGUUUCUUGAAGACCCUGAUUUUGCUAACAACGAUGUCACAAAUUUGCCAGAUUAUCCCUCUGUCCCAAAUCUUCAUCUGAGAAGAAAUUCGCAGAUUAAUAUGAACAAUGCCAUAAAUAAUCUCCACAACGAUAAAAAGAAUCUGAAUUUGAAUUUGAAUCCAAAUUCAAAUUCAGAUUCAAAUCCAAAUCCAAACCCACUGUCUGACGAAUUAAAUAUCAACCCAAGGAAGCUAAACAUAAACACAUCCUUCAACGAUAAUGCCUCCAUUCAUACCUUCAAAUAUGACACUGUCAUAUUACCUGAAUCUGGUUUAUCUGAUUCGAGAGUCUACUUAGACGAAUACGCUAAGGCUCUAGGUACUCACUAUUCUGCUUAUGGUAACUCUCCAACUUUGAGUCCUGGUUUUAAUGCCAAUAGCAGAAACUCUUCCUUCUCCAACUUCAAAUCACUUAGCCCUUUAAACUCCCAAACAAACUUACUAAACCCUUCCUCAAGAAAUUCAAAUCCAGUCUCCCUUGCAAACUCAAUAUCAACUUCAUCUCAUUCUCCUUCUACUCUAAAACAAUCCGUUUCAAGUAGCGAUAUUAAAAACAAUAAAAUCAAUUUAAACCACAACGAAAGAAACCUCUCCCAUAAUAAAAACAGUCAAAGUAAAUUAUCAACUGAAAGCUCCAACACCGCUGUUGACUCAUCUUCAGAUACAGAUUCCAUCUCAAUUCAUAACAACAAGUUCCAAAAUUAUAAUGAUAAUAACUUUAUUCGCCACAAAAUUAACGACUCGCUUACUUUAAAUCACGAUAAUAAAUCAAACCCAUUUGAAGAGAUCUUACUAGAAACACCCAGAAACGUUCAAGAAGAUCUAUCUUCUAACUCUAUGACCACUACCAAUUAUCCAAACGACGAUUACAAUAAUGAAAUUCAAAAUGAAACUCAAAAUGAGCCCCAAAAUGAAACUGAUUCAAAACCUAAAAUCAAAAAAUCUGUCAAAAUCAAUAUUCCCGAUGGCUAUGACCCUGAAAAAUAUAACCAAAUCAACCUAAACGACCCUUCUCUAACUGAAGAAGAAAAGGAAAAAUUCAAAAGACUUAAAAGUGUUUAUAAUAUCUAUUUCGAUAGACAAAAUUCCAUAAAAAUCCAAAACCAUCCAAAUGACCACAACCUUGAUCAAAACCCAAUCCCUAUCCCAUCUGAUGUUCAAAUCCACCAAUCAAAUGUUAUGAAUAACAAAAUAAACAAUCAAAACUAUCAAAUCCCACAGUCUUAUCCUCCAUAUAACACAAAUAAUGAUUCUUCUUAUCAAUAUCAACAACAAGAUCAAUCCCACCAACAACAACUACAAGAUGCCAACAAUUACCAAUAUAACCCACAACCUCAACAAAAUUACUCAAAAAACCAAUAUCAAAACCAAUUAGUGCCAGAACAACAAUAUUUACCUAAUCAAGAUAAUAGCAGACCCACUGAUAAUUCCUACACUCCACCUAUCAACUCAAAUCCAUCUUCACAGUAUCUCCCUUAUCCUCCAGUAGCAAAUCCAUAUCAAACUAGUCCUCAACCACAUCAACAGAAUUUCACCUCUACUAAGCCAUCCAAACCUAUUCUUAAGCCUUUAAAACCUUUACAACCUUUAAAAAAAUUACCCUCAGCGUCUAAUUUAAAAGAAUCUGCCUCUUCGACAUUCACAGAGUUUCAGGCAGUUGUUAAGGUAAAAGGAACCCCAAACCCAAAUAAUUUGGCUCUAAAACCUUUUGUUCCAAUAGAUCAUUCUGAUGUAUGGUCUCAAAAAUCCCCAAGAAUUGGAAGUGGAUCACCAAGUCUUAGCCAUUUUCCUAAUGUCUCCAGUACGAGUAUUAAUACUUCAACAAGUACUGCUAGUCAAGAAAAUGGUGGAAAUUUAUCAGCUUCCCAAGUUAGCAGAUCAAGUGUGGUUAUGUUUAAUACCACUGAGUUUGGUACUUCAAAAAAGUAUAAACCUGCUGGCACAGUUACUAAUGGGAAAAAAAUGGCAAAUAUAAAUGAAAAUGAAGUCGCUGCAAAUAUUCCUGGCAGUUUACCAUCUGGAAAUCCAAAAAAGAAAAAAAUGAAUGAUAGAAAUCUAAGGAAUGAAUUGAUGAAUUCUAAUUUUUGAUUAAUCCAACUUUUUUAUUCUAUUUUAUUUUUUAUAUUUACAGUUUUAGUAUCCCAUAUCCAAUUUUAGAUGGUAUUAAUAAUUAUCUUUUUAUCUUUUUUAGUUGCU